AUGGCCCAUAAAUUCCUCGCUUCCCUUCUCCUCUCCCUCCUGGCCGUCUCUUCCGCCGUGGCCGAGAGAGGCUCCUCCCCCCGCCUCACCAGCCAGCAGCAGUGCCGUUUCCAGCGGCUGACCGCCGCCCAGCCGUCCCGCAGAAUCCAGUCCGAGGGCGGCUUAACCGAGCUCUGGGAAGAGCGCGAGGACCAGUUCCAGUGUGCCGGCGUUGUUGCCAUGAGGAACACAUUAAAGUCCCAUGGACUCUCACUUCCAAAUUACCAUCCUACCCCCCGCCUCGUCUUCAUCCAGAGAGGACAAGGGUACAUAAGCAUCAUGUUCCCCGGUUGUGCCGAGACUUACCACGCGCACAAGACCCAGCAAACGCGCGAGUCCACCGAGGAAUGGGAGCGCAAACAAAAGGGAAGCGUAAGGGAUUUGCACCAGAAGGUCCACCGAAUCCGACAAGGAGACAUUAUUGCCAUCCCACCGGGCGCGGCCCACUGGUGCUACAACGAUGGCAAUGAUGAACUCGUCGCCGUCUCCAUCAACGACAUCAACCACAUGUCCAACCAGCUUGAUCAGAAAUUCAGGGCGUUUUACUUGGCCGGAGGAGUACCGAGAAGCGAGCAGCAGGAGGGCGAAGAGGCCACAUUCCAAAACAUAUUCCGAGCCUUCGACUCGACACUCAUGGCCGAAGCUUUCAACGUGUCGCCAGACAUUAUCAAGCGCAUGCAGGCAGAGGAGGAAAAGCGCGGGCUUAUCGUGCUGGCCCGCGAGCGCAUGAGCUUCAUCAGGCCCGAGGAGGAGGAGGAGGAACAGUACAAGUACGGCCCGAGACAGUCUGAUAAUGGGCUCGAGGAGACUUUUUGCAGCAUGAAAAUCCGCACCAACAUCGAGAAUCGUAAGGAUGCCGACAUCUACUCCCGACAGGCCGGGAAAGUCCACAUGGUUGACCGCCACAAGCUCCCAAUCCUCCAAUACAUGGACAUGAGCGCAGAGAAAGGCAUCCUCUACCCGAAUGCGAUGUUGAGUCCCGACUGGGCCAUGAACGGGCACACGAUCGUGUACGUGACUAAGGGUGAUGCAAAGGUGGAGAUCGUGAGCCACACGGGUCAAGCCGUGAUGAACGAUCGGGUGAACGAGGGGGACAUGUUUGUGGUCCCGCAGUACUUCGCGUCCACUGCCCGAGCGGGUAACAACGGGUUCGAAUGGGUGGGCUUCAAGACGACUGGCUUGCCCAUGAGGAACCAGGCGGCCGGCUACACGUCGGUUAUUCGGGCCAUGCCGGUUGGGGUGCUUACGAACGCGUAUCAGAUAUCGAGCGAGCAGGCACAAGGGCUGAAGAACAAUAGGGGAGGGCAGAGCUACUUGUUGUCUCCAGGUGGGAGGCAGUACUAUUAG